GGUGAAUUGGUUGACUGGCUGGGGGGGCGGGGCAGUGGCUCCUGUCAGCGGGUGAAAUGGCAGUGGCGGAGCCGGCGACGGCCGCGGUCCCCGGGGGUGGCUGAUUGAAAGGGGCCGGGCCGCGGGGUUUGCGGGACCCCCGAGCAGACGCGACCGCGGGUAGGGGCAUCGGACGACGCAGCGCAGGGACAGCGAGGCGAGGCGCGGCGAUGGCGGCGCUCUCGGCGCAGAUAGAGUUGUAACCUGGUAUCUCCCUGGCUGAUGAGCCUGUCCACCAUGGCAAGCCCCACUCUGAGCCCCGACUCCUCAUCUCAGGAGGCCCUGUCAGCACCCACCUGCUCCCCAACCUCUGACUCCGAGAACCUCAGCCCAGAUGAGCUAGAACUACUGGCCAAGCUUGAGGAGCAGAACCGGCUCCUGGAAGCCGACUCCAAGUCCAUGCGCUCCAUGAAUGGCUCCCGGAGGAACAGCGGCUCCUCCCUGGUAUCCAGCUCCUCCGCCUCCUCCAACCUGAGCCACCUGGAGGAGGACACAUGGAUUCUCUGGGGCCGGAUUGCCAACGAGUGGGAGGAAUGGCGGCGCAGAAAGGAAAAGCUACUCAAGGAGCUGAUCCGAAAGGGCAUCCCACACCACUUCCGGGCCAUCGUUUGGCAGCUCCUGUGCAGUGCCACAGAUAUGCCCGUCAAAAACCAGUACUCCGAGCUCCUCAAGAUGUCCUCACCAUGUGAGAAGCUGAUCCGAAGGGACAUUGCCCGCACCUAUCCAGAGCAUGAGUUCUUCAAAGGCCAGGACAGCCUGGGCCAGGAAGUCCUCUUCAAUGUCAUGAAGGCAUACUCCCUGGUUGAUCGGGAGGUUGGAUAUUGCCAAGGCAGUGCCUUCAUUGUGGGCUUACUCCUCAUGCAGAUGCCUGAGGAAGAGGCCUUCUGUGUGUUUGUGCGGCUGAUGCAGGAGUACCGGCUACGGGAGCUCUUCAAGCCCAGCAUGGCCGAGCUGGGACUCUGUAUCUACCAGUUUGAAUACAUGCUGCAGGAGCAGCUUCCGGACCUGAACACCCACUUCCGCUCACAGAGCUUCCACACAUCCAUGUAUGCAUCAUCCUGGUUCCUCACGCUUUUCCUCACCACCUUUCCCCUGCCUGUUGCUACCCGGGUCUUUGACAUCUUUAUGUAUGAGGGACUGGAGAUUGUGUUCCGAGUCGGCCUUGCCCUGCUGCAAGUGAACCAGACAGAGCUGAUGCAGCUGGACAUGGAGGGCAUGUCCCAGUACUUCCAGAGAGUGAUCCCCCACCAGUUUGACAGCUGCCCAGACAAGCUGGUCCUCAAGGCUUACCAGGUCAAGUACAACCCUAAAAAGAUGAAGAGGCUGGAGAAGGAGUACGCAGCUAUGAAGAGUAAGGAGAUGGAGGAGCAGAUCGAGAUCAAACCCCGCGUGGGAGCGCAUUCCCCAAUUGGCAUGUCCUCAAAGCUGGCCUCACAACAGUAAACAAGACAGUCAAAGUUCCUUGCUUUCAUGUCCCCGAACCCCCCAUGUCAUGGGGCGAUAGUCAAUAAAUCACUGAAAUAGUGUGGAUUCCAGAGUGCUCCGGAUAUAGUCAUACAAGAGACAGUCGCAUCUGGGGAGACACUCUAGGUCCAAGAGUCCAGUGUAGAGGGCCUAGGAUAGAAGAAUGUGCCUGGUGGACAGGAGAACACCCUGGGGACACAGAGGUUGGGAGCUAAGGAGAAAGGCUCAGGCAAGCAGGCUAUGUAGGCUAAGGUAUGGUCAUCCACUCAGGGUCCUGAUUGUACUGUAGCAGCCAGCCAGCCCAGCGUCAGUUCCUUGAGUGCACAAAACGUCCAAAACCAAACUUACCUCUCAAUGGCCUCUUCACCCCUCUUCAUGUGAUUUUAGCCAUUCAUCCAACAAACAUCUUUUUUUUUUUUUUUUUGAUUCUUUUUUUUCGGAGCUGGGGACCGAACCCAGGGCCUUGCACUUCCUAGGCAAGCGCUCUACCACUGAGCUAAAUCCCCAACCCCAACAAACAUCUAUUGAAACAAAGAUGAGACCUAGUCUUAAGUGACAAGGACCUGGCUUCCCAGAUAAAGGCACUCUUGAGCAUUGAGAGUCCCUCAAUAUCUUUCCAAGGAAGCCCAGGUGCUGCCAGGUACAACCCAGGGCCAGGAUGUAGAAGAGAGGAGAAAGAAAAGCUCAUACCCACCUACUCCAACUGACCAGCUAGCUACACGUUCCCAAAGCCUGCUAGCCAGGUUAAGGACCCUACAACCCAAUAUAGGGGACAGGCAAGGACACGAACCUCCAUAUAGACCUGGUUUUGUCCUCCACACUUGAUGAAUCAAAGUGGUUAGCACUGGUGUCCCACUGAAGACCAGCUGUGUGGCCCUGGCAGGUAAAUUCACCUCUCUGAGCCUUGGAGCUUUGCUGUGAUGUUCCUGUCACUGUCCGCCUCCAGUGCAUUGUUUCUACCUCCUGUGGGAAGUCAGGGGCAGAGGCCUGUGCCGCAAGCUGAAGCACUUGGCCCUGUUGAGGCUUCCAGAAAGAUUUCCAUCCUGGGUUUGUGAGCCAUCUCACAAGGAAGUGUUGCACUAGACCAAAUGUGGUUUUUGCUGUGUGCAGAUGAGCGGCCUGCUCUCAUCAGGAGACUGUGAGGCCCAGAAUAGACAAGAAUGCCAUAGACCUUGAGACCACAGGCCAGACUGAAAGUUUCCCCUGAGAAGAGAUUUCACCAGAGGCCUUGAAGAGUCAGGCAGAUGUCUCCUCACAGGGUAUCUUACAAGUGUCCUGCAGUUUGGUCUCUCACUUUUAGCCUGUCUUAAAACAUCCUGAUUUGAUGCUGGGAGGUGGUGAUGCAUGCCUUUAAUCCCAACACUCGGAGGCAGAGGCAGGUGAAUCUCUCAGUUUUGAGGUCACCCUGGUCAACAGAGCAAGUUAUGGGACAGCCAGAGCUAUACAGAGAAACCCUGUCUCACAAAAGCCAAAUAAAGUAACAGAAACAAAUCCCUUAUUUGCUUGCAUCGGAUAAGGCAAGACUUAGACAACUACACUAUGCAAAGGUGCAUAGACACUGCCUUUGAAGGAAGCGUUCGUUGAGGCUGGGGCUGUAGCUUAGUGGUGAGGGUUUGCCCAGCACACACGAGGCCAUGGGCUCCAUCCUCGGUACAGAACAGCAGCAAAAUGAAAAGAGGGCAAAGGAGAUGGCUCAGUGGGUAAAGUGUUUGCUGGGCAUGCAUGAGUUCAAUCCCCAGGACCCACGUAAAAGAGCCAGGAGCAGGAGUGUUCCUUCAGUCCAUCCACAGACACACAGAGACAGGCAGACAGGUCCCUGCAAGCCAGCCUAGCCACAUUGUCGGCUUCCAGGUUUAAAAAGGAGGGGUAAGGCUGAGGAGAGGCCUCUGUAAAGUGCUUGUCUCAAACAUGGAGACUUAAACCCGGAGCUCCCAGCCCAACAGUAAAGCCCAGCAUAAUCAGUGCGUUCUAACCCCACCACUUGGGACUGGGAGAGGUAGCAGGUGGAACCCAUUUAGCCAGCCAGCCUAACUCAGUCCAUGGGCUUCAGCUCUAGUGGGAACUGCAUUUCAAAAACUAACAUAGAACAGGGGUAGUUGCACAUGCUUUUAAUCCUAGCCGUGAGGUAAUUGAGGCAGGUAGAUCUCUGUUGGUUCAAAGCCAAUUUUGACUACAUUACAAGUCCCAGCCAAUCAUGGCUACAUAGUGAGAUCCUGUCUCAAAUAAACCAAUGAACCUAGGUAUGGUGGCACAAGUCUGUCACCCUAGGACUGGGGAGGUGGACUUUGGAGGGUCACCGCCACUCCUCUGUGACUCUGUUCCUUACACAUGAUGUGAGUCAGUGACCAUCAGGUCCAUGAUUUGCUCCACUGCUUUCUGGGUGUUUCUAUCUCCCCAGGAAGCAACCCAGGAAAUGUCCUGUGUAAUGCAUAGGUAGUAUCUAGUUUCAUUUCUGUUGCUGUGAUAAAAUACUCUGACAAACCAAGGAAGACUGGAGAAAUGGCCUAGCAAUUAAACUCUCUGGCCGUUCUUCCAGAGGACCUGUGUUCACCACUGUUCACCACUGUCUAUCUCGAGGAUCCCAGGCCCUCUUUGGCCUCUGUAGUCACUCCUGCCAUAAAAUUAAAACAAAAUGUUAACAAAGAUUUUAAACUUAAGACAAAAAGUUAUGUAUUUUAGCUAACAAUCCAGAUUACAGUGCAUUACCACCACGGAAGUCACAGCAGGAAGAGCUUGAGACCAUUGGUCACAUCACAUGCAGUCAAGAAGAAAGAGAUGCUCACAUGUCGAAAUACUCUCCUGCUUGUGCUCAGUUCUAGUUCUCCACUCAGAAUUCCCUGCCUGGUUAGUGGUGGGCUGUCUUCUCUCACAUCGAUUAAGGCAUUCAAAAAAGAAAAAGAAAAACUUCCCCUAGCUGGGAGGUGGUAACACACACCCUUAAUCCCAGAACUCCUGAGGCAGAAGUAGGUGGAUAUCUGUGAGUUCAAGUCCAGCCCAGUCUACCAAGCAAGGUCCAGGACAGCCAGGGCUACACAGAGAAAUCCUGUUUUGAAAAACCAAAAAAAGAAAGUAAAGAAGGAAGGGAGGGAGGGAGGAAGGAAAGAAGGGAUGGUGGGAGGAAGGGAGGAAGGAAGGGAGAAAAAGAAAAUCCCUAUAAACAUGUCUAUGAGCCAACGUAAUGUAGACAAAUCAUUAAGAUUCGCUCCCCAGGUGACUCGAGGUUGUGUCAAGUUGAUGACGAAAACCAACCCUCACAGCCUGGUAGGCCUUUUGGUCAUCUACUACCACAAAUGAUUUCAUAACCAGGGAGCUGAGGAGCCUACCCACAGCACAUCUGCAUGCUCACCAGCUCCGUAAAGGAUCCCAAGGGAACUUAAGACCACAUCCACUUACCCUAAAUUCCUCAUCCCAGAACAGAGGGCAGAGCCAAGCAUGGGGUGGGAUACCUCUAAUCCCCUACGCAGGAGGCAGCAGGAUCAAAAUUCAAAGCUGACUAUACCAUAUAACAAGACAGCAGGGAGCAGGGAAAUAGUCAUAUCAAGGGCAAUGUGUCUAAAGGUCAGAGAUGUGGCAGAGAUGGUGCCUGGCACGCAGGAAGCCCUGGGUUCUAUCCACCCCGGUGUCACACUGCAUAAUCACAGCACCAUGGCACACAGCUGCCAUCUCAGUUCUCAGGAGGUAAAAACAGCAGCAUCAAGGAGUCGACAGUGUCCUUGCUUGUGUACAGCAAGUUCUAUGCCAGCCUGGGAUACAUGAAGUCCUGUCUCAGAGAGAAAUCGUAAUUAAAGAAAAAAACGUACGUGUUCAACACAAGAGACCUAAAUUCUGAGAGGGGGUGUUGUUCCAGAGAGUCUAACUUAGAGGCUGCUGGAAGCGAAGGGAAGGGGGUCAGCACUACCUGGCACCAGCGUCCCUUGGAACACAGGGGAAAGACCCUUGAAAGACGAGGUAGAAACAAACGUCUGAGGAUAGUAUAGAUGUGGCUGCUCCUUACACUUACUUAACACGUGUACACACAUGCACACAUGCACAUGCUAGGGGCUGGGGAGAACGGAGGGGUUUUUUAUUUUUAUACUUUAGACAGGGUUUCUCUGUGUAGCCCUGGCUGUCCUGGACCUUGAUUUGUAGACCAGGCUGGCCUCAGACUCAGAGGUCCACCUACCUCUGCCUCCUGAGUGCUAGGAUUAAGGGCAUUUAACAACACACCCAGAUCAGAUUCUUUUGUGAGUUUUUUUUUUGUGUGUGUCUGUUUGGUUUUUUGUGUUUUUUUAAAUAAUGUUGAGCCAGGCAGUGGUGGCACAAGCCUGUAAUCUGAGGACUCCGGAGGCAGAGGGUUUCAUGCAGCUUUCGUACCCCACCUAAAUAAACUCCGGAAAUGGACUUUGAUACCAGCCCCCGCCCAGAGAAUAUUGAAUCUGUGGAUGGAAAACACACAUGCACACACACACACGCACAUACACAUACACACACGUUGCUUAAUCUCAACUUGCCUUAUUGGCUCAAUUGCUGGACAGUGUUAAUCCCCACGGCAGGAUGCCCACCCCAAUACUCUUAGCUCAGCACCCAAAAUCUGUCUCGACUUUAGUUGCUCAGUUCCUUUAGUCCCAGC